AACCUCAGUUAAUUUUAAAUAUUUAAUCGAGAUGAGCUUGAUCUCAGAUUUCGCAUGCAUUUCUUUGGUGAUGGAGCAAACAAACCCUUAACUAUCAGAUGAAAAAAUAAUAAAUAAAAAAGUCUUACCAUAUAAAACAAGCACAUUAAGAAAUUCAUUAAAAAGAAUAAUAAAAAACAAAGUGAUAGUAAUAACGGUUGAAGCUGGCGCGAAAUAGCAAUAUCAGAUCUCAAAAUUAUCAGACCAGAGAUCGCCAUUGCACUUACAGGCUAAAAGCAUAGUGUUUCAAACGAUAAUCGCAGAAGAAUUUAAAAAAAAAAAAAACAAACAAGGAAAGGGAUGCAAAAAACGGCGCAAUCAUGGUUCACAGGAGGGCCAAGCAGCACAACCCCGUAUAACGAUGAACCCAAAUCUUUACUGGCCGAUUGGAACGCAUACGCUGCUUCUCAGGACUCCGAUUCUUCCUCUCUAGGAUUUGAUCUCGAAGCCGCUGUUCGUACUACUAGUGAUAAAUUCACUGGCACUUUUAACGUGGUUUCUAAAGGAGUGAGGGAUUUGCCUGGAAACUUUCAGUCUGCUACAACUAAUGUUCCUUCUGGAAAAUCUCUCAUGUACUUUGGUGUUCUCCUUGCUGCUGGAGUGUUCUUUAUCUUUAUUGCAUUUACCAUGUUCCUUCCUGUAAUGGUGUUGGUGCCUCAGAAAUUUGCUAUCUGCUUUACUGUUGGUUGUGCAUUCAUAAUCGGUUCGUUUUUCGCACUUAAAGGCCCUAGGAAUCAACUUGCGCAUAUGUCUUCUAAAGAGAGGCUCCCCUUUACGUUGGGUUUUAUCGGCACCAUGGUGGGAACUGUAUACGUCUCUAUGGUCCUUCACAGUUAUGUUCUUUCUGUGCUCUUCUCUAUUUUACAGGUCCUUGCCCUAUCAUACUAUGCCAUUUCAUAUUUCCCUGGAGGAUCUACUGGGCUCAAGUUUCUUUCUUCAACUUUUACAUCUUCGUUACUUAGAUGUUUUGGAAGGUGAUGUAAAUAUCUCGAUUUUCUCAAAUAGAAUUCUUUGAUCAUCCAUAUGGUUGUUCUUUCUACCUUUUUAAGAUAGGAGUGGUCUUUGGAACACCAUUUUGUGACAUUUUACAUAAUUAUAUUAUUUUAGAAUUCAACUUCUUUCCUUAAA